GGAACUGUCUCCUUGGUGUUGGGGAAGCUGGGGAUGACACUAGCUGCAGAAGCAGGAGCGUUAUAUGGGGAUGCCACUGCACUUCUGGGAUUCGAGGAUCCCCUCGUUUCGGCCUCCCGAGCGCUCGCUCGUCCGCUCUCCCCGGUUCACCCCUUCUCGCCCCACCCCCACUGCGGAGCCGGACCUUGCCCGGGGCUUAGCGAUCCCGGAGCUGGAAUCUCGGCCAGGCCUGCCGGGCCCCACCCCUAACCACGGCCAAGAGCUCCGCUGAGGAAGCUACCCAGGGACCGAUCAGCAGACCUAGGGACAGACGGACGGACGGCGCCCGAUGGCCGCGCCUGGAGAGCCCUGCGAGGGACCCGGGGUGUGGAACCAGACGGACCCCAUGCCUGCCGCUGCCCACCUACUGAGCCUGUGCUUCCUGAAAACAGCAGGGGUCUGGGUGCCCCCCUUGUACCUCUGGGUCAUCGGCCCCAUCUACCUCCUCUACAUCCACCACCAUGGCAAGGGCUACCUCCGGAUGUCCCCCCUCUUCAAGGCCAAAAUGGUGCUUGGGUUUGCCCUCAUAAUCCUGUGCACCUCCAGUGUGUCUGUCGCUCUUUGGAGAAUCCAGCAGGGAACACCCCAGGCCCCAGAAUUCCUCAUUCACCCCACUGUGUGGCUCACCACAAUGAGCUUUGCUGUGUUCCUGAUCCACGCCGAGAGGAAGCAGGGAGUCCGGGCAUCUGGGGUGCUGUUUGGGUACUGGCUUUUCUGCUUUCUCCAGCCAGCUACCAGUGCUGCCCAGCAGGCCUUGCAAGGGGGCUUCCAGAGUGACCCCUUCUACCACCUGACAGCCUACCUGUGUUUGUCUCUGGUCGUGGCACAGUUUGUGUUGUUCUGCCUCACCGAUCGACCCCCCUUCUUGCCAAAAGACCCCCAACAGUCUAAUCCAUGUCCAGAGGCUGGGGCCUCUUUCCCCUCCAAAGCCAUGUUCUGGUGGGUUUCUGGGCUGGUCUGGAGGGGCUACAGGACAUCACUAGGACCAAAAGACCUCUGGUCACUUGGGAGAGAAAACUCCUCUGCAGAACUUGUUUCCCAGCUUGAAAGAGAAUGGAUAAAGAACCGCAGUGUGGCCCAGCGGACCACCAAGCCCACAGCAUACAAAAGGAGGGGAAGCCGUGGCAUGGAGGCCCUGGAGACUGAGGCCUUCUUGCAUCAAGAGGAGAGCAAGAGGGGCCCGCUGCUGAGGGCCAUCUGGCGGAUGUUCCGCUCCACCUUCCUCCUGGGGACCCUCAGCCUUAUCAUCAGUGAUGUCUUCAGGUUCACUGUCCCCAAGCUCCUCAGGUGGGUGCAGGCCUUGUGUGCCUUGCUAAGGCUAGCUCCUACCCUGGUGCUUCUCCAUGUAGCCCCCCAGGGCAUGGAGUGCCCCCUCCUCUUGAGAUCUACCCUGGUGCUUCUCCAUGUAGCCCCCCAGGGCAUGGAGUGCCCCCUCCUCUUGAGAUCUGUCCUGGCUCUGUCCAGCGGCUCCAGAAAGGCCAGUGCAGUGGGGAACGUGGUCAACCUGGUGUCCGUGGACGUGCAGCGGCUCACUGAGAGCGUCAUCUACCUCAAUGGGCUGUGGCUGCCGCUCUUCUGGGUUGUCAUCUGCUUUGUCUAUCUCUGGCAGCUUCUAGGACCCUCUGCCCUCUCUGCCAUCGUUGUCUUCCUGAGCCUCCUCCCUGUGAAUUUCCUCCUCACCAAGAAAAGGAACCACCAUCAGGAAGAGCAAAUGAGGCAGAAGGACUCUCGGGCGAGCCUCACCAGCUGCAUCCUCAGGAACGUGAGGAUGGUCAAGUCUCAUGCCUGGGAGGGAGCCUUUCUGGACAGAAUCAUGCACAUCCGGGGCCAGGAGCUGCGCGCCUUGAAGACCUCCAGCCUCCUCUUCUCCGUGUCGCUGGUGUCCUUCCAAGUGUCCACAUUUCUGGUCGCGCUGGUUGUGUUUGCAGUCCACACGCUGGUGGCCAAGGACAACGCCAUGGACGCCGAGAAAGCCUUUGUGACCCUCACGGUUCUCAAUAUCCUCAACAAGGCGCAGGCCUUCCUGCCUUUUUCCAUCCACUCUGUGGUCCAGGCCCGCGUAUCCUUUGACCGUCUGGCUGCCUUCCUCUGCCUGGAAGAAGUUGACCCUGGAGCUGUGGACUCAUGUUUCUCCAAAUGCUCUGCUGGGGAGAAUUGCAUCAGCGUGCACGAAGGCACUUUCGCUUGGUCCCGGGAAAGCCCUGCAUGCCUGCACAGGAUAAACCUCACUGUGCCCCAGGGCUGUCUGCUGGCUGUUGUUGGCCCAGUGGGGGCAGGGAAAUCCUCCCUGCUCUCCGCCCUCCUUGGAGAGCUGUCUAAAGAGGAGGGGUCCGUGAGCAUCAAGGGUCCUGUGGCUUACGUGCCCCAGGAGGCCUGGGUCCAGAACACAUCCCUGGUGGAGAAUGUGUGCUUCGGGCAGGAGCUGGACCCGCUGUGGCUGGACAGAGUCCUGGAGGCUUGUGCCCUGUGGCCAGACGUGGGCAGCUCCCCUGCAGGAGUCCACACCCAAAUCGGGGAGCAGGGCAUGAAUCUCUCUGGAGGCCAGAAGCAGCGGCUGAGCCUGGCACGGGCUGUGUACAGGAAGGCUGCUGUGUACCUGCUGGAUGACCCUCUGGCAGCCCUGGAUGCCCAUGUCACCCAGCAUGUCUUCAACCAGGUCAUCGGGCCCCAUGGGCUGCUCCAGGGGACAACACGGAUUCUCGUGACCCACACGCUGCACGUCCUGCCCCAGGCCGAUUGGAUCGUGGUGCUGGAAGAUGGGACCAUUGCAGAGACAGGUUCCUACCAGCAGCUUCUGAGUGGGAAGGGGGCCCUGGUGGGCCUCCUGGACCGAGCCAGUCAGCCAGAAGAGAGAGGAGGAGAAGCAGCACCCACAGGCGGCACCAAGGACCUCAGAGGCUCUGCUGGAGGCAGGGGGCCCACAGGUGGACAGGAGAGGCCCAUGACGUUAGUCCCUGAGAAGGACAGCACCACUUCAGAGGCCCAGAGAGGGGUUCUCCUAGAUGAUCCUGAGGGGGCAGGACGGCCAACAGGACAGGACAGUGUGCAGUAUGGCAGGGUGCAGGCCGCUGUGUACCUGACCUACCUCCAGGCUGUGGGCAUCCCCCUCUGCCUCUAUGCCCUUUUCCUCUUCCUCUGCCAGCAAGUGGCCUCCUUCUGCCGUGGCUACUGGCUGAGCCUGUGGGCCGACGACCCCACUGUGGACGGGCGACAGAUGCAGGCAGCCAUGCGGGGCUGGGUAUUCGGGCUCCUGGGCUGCCUCCAAGCUGUUGGGCUGUUUGCCUCCAUGGCCACAGUGCUCCUAGGGGGGAUCCGGGGGUCCAGCAUGCUCUUCCGGCAGCUCCUGUGGGAUGUGGCGCGGUCUCCCAUUGGCUUCUUUGAGCAGACGCCCAUCGGGAACCUGCUGAACCGCUUUUCCAAGGAGACAGACAUAGUAGAUGUGGACAUCCCCGACAAACUCCGGUCCUUGCUGAUUUAUGCCUUUGGACUUCUGGAAGUCAGCCUGGUGGUGACAGUGGUCACCCCGCUGGCUGUCGUGGCUCUCUUACCACUGCUGCUCCUCUACGCUGGGUUUCAGAGCCUGUACGUGGCCAGCUCAUGCCAGCUCAAACGCUUGGAGUCAGCCAGGCACUCGUUCGUGUGUUCCCACGUGGCUGAGACGUUCCAGGGCAGUGCAGUGGUCAGGGCCUUCCGGGCCCAGGACCCGUUUGUGGCUCAGAAUGAUGCGUAUAUGGAUGAAAGACAGAGAGCCAGUUUCCCACGGCUGGUGGCUGAUAGGUGGCUCGCGGCCAACCUGGAGCUCCUGGGGAACGGGCUGGUGUUCGUAGCUGCCAUGUGCGCUGUGCUGAGCAAGGCGCACCUCAGCGCCGGCCUCGUGGGCUUCUCUGUCUCUGCCGCCCUCCAGGUGACCCAGACGCUGCAGUGGGCUGUUCGCAGCUGGACAGACUUGGAAAGCAGCAUCGUGUCGGUAGAGCGGAUGAAGGACUAUGCCCGGACACCCAAGGAGGCACCCUGGAGGCUGCCCACCUGUGCAGCCCUGCCACCCUGGCCUCACAGGGGGCAGAUCGAGUUCCGGGACUUUGGGCUCCGAUACCGACCCGAGCUUCCACUAGCUGUGCGGGGUGUGUCCUUCAGGAUCCACGCAGGAGAGAAGGUGGGCAUUGCCGGCAGGACAGGGGCUGGGAAGUCCUCCCUGGCUGGGGGCCUGCUGCGGCUCCGGGAGGCAGCUGAGGGCGGGGUCUGGAUCGAUGGUGUCCCCAUUGCUGAUGUGGGGCUGCACAUGCUGCGGUCCAGGAUCACCAUCAUCCCCCAGGACCCCAUCCUGUUCCCUGGCUCUCUGCGGAUGAACCUCGACAUGCUGCAUGAGCACACGGAUGAAGCCAUCUGGGCAGCCCUGGAGACAGUGCAACUCAGAGCCCUCGUGGCCAGCCUGCCCGGCCAGCUGCAUUACGAGUAUGCCAGCCAAGGUGACGAGCUGAGUGUGGGCCAGAAGCAGCUCCUGUGUCUGGCACGUGCCCUCCUCCGGAAAACCCAGAUCCUGAUCCUGGAUGAGGCCACAGCCGCCGUGGACCCGGGGACAGAGCUGCAGAUGCAGGCCGCCCUGAGGAGCUGGUUUGCGCAGUGUACAGUGCUGCUCAUCGCCCACCGCCUGCGCUCCGUGAUGGACUGUGCCAGGGUGCUGGUCAUGGACAAGGGGCAGGUGGCAGAGAGCGGCAGCCCAGCCCAGCUGUUGGCCCAGAAGGGCCUAUUCUACAGGCUGGCGCAGGAGUCAGGCCUGGUCUGAGCCAGGCCCCUCAACGCUCCCCACACCAUGCCAGCCCAGAGAGACUGCCAUGCCUGGAGAUGCACGUGACCAGGGGUCAUCAGUGGCCCCACGGUGUUGAGUGUAGACCCUUCUGUGCUCUCUGGGAAGAAAACGGCAGAGUAAGCGCUCAAUGCUCACAGACCCAGGACACAGCAACCUACAGGUCAGCCUGAUCAGGGCUCAACCAGUCCUGUCCACCCCGGAGCCAAAACUGACAGCAGCUUUCCACCCUGGCUGCCCACUGGACUCCCCGGAGACCUCAGAAACCUGCCCCUGCCUGGCUCCACCUCACACCCAUGAAAUCAGAAUCCUUGGGACUGGGGCUGCAACAAUGGUGUGUACCUUUUACAAAUUAACCCUUUCAUUUUGAGAUGACUGUAGAUUGCCAAGCAGUUUUAAGAAAUCUGGGUAGAGAAUUCCAGUCUACCCUUGACUCAGUUUUCCCCAGUAAUUAGCGUAUCUUGAAAAAUGAUAGUACAAUGCACAACCAGCAUACUGACAUUGGUACAAUCCACCAGUCUGCUUCAGAUUUCCCAUUUUACCUGUACUCAUUAUGCGUGUGUUUUCUUCUGUAUACAUAUAGGUUCCUGCAUCAGGAUGCUAAACACUUCCAUCACAAGGACCCCUCACGUUGCCAUUUUGUAACCACACCCACCUCCCUCCCGUGUCCCCCCCUCCCUACUGUUCUCCACUUGGUAUAUAUUUUUAGCGCACUCUCUGUGAUUCCAACGCACAGCCUGGACUGAGAUGCCAUGCCUCCUGCUGCUCCAAGGAGUGGUUUGUCGGAACCAAUACACAACCCACAGCCCACAACAGGCCUGGGCCCUCUCAGGGCACAAGCACACAAACAGCAUGCACUCAGUCCCAAAUGGGAUCUGAGGACCCAGGGCUCCCAGACCCCCUGCUGGUGCCCAGGGCUUGGCAGAUUUCAUACAUUCAUUGAAGACCAAACUGCAGCCCCUUGGGGGUGGUGUCCGAGCAGCAGCCGGAACACUCAGGGAGUUUCCAGUCACCCUUUGCCACUGAGGCAGCCAUGUGGGAGACGCUGUUGGAAGUCAGAGGGCAGGGUGGUGAGAGCCCAGCACUUGCCUUCGUGUGGGGCAAUGCACGGGUUUGUCCCACCAGCAGUCGCAAUUCCAAUACAGUCCUCCCAGGAAAGGGGAGUCCUUUAGAAAGGUGUAAAACAGCCAGGCCUGAGGUCAUACAGACCUAUCUGUAAAGGGAGGAAUGACACAGGAUCUGGAUCAAAACCUUAUGCCAGCCCAGGGUCCUUCCCUGACCUCACAGCAUUGCUAGUGGGAUCAAGUUAAUACACAAGACGCGUUCAGAGCUGAGCUGGCUACCAAGUACGUGCUCAAUAAAUGUGCAGUUUUGAUCAGUACUGUGUCCAAGGACCUC